AUGUCUACUGAUCAUAUGAACAUCGAUAUCCAUACUUAUCAAGUACCUUCACGGCUUCUUGAUUCUAAAAAAUGUCCCAAACCUCAUAUUGAUGCUAUUGAAAAAUACAAACAACUUUAUGAAGAAAGUAUUAAAGAUCCUCAAACUUUCUGGGGAAGAUUCGCCAAAGAAUUACUUCAUUGGCACAAACCUUUCGAAACUGUUCUUACUGGUAGUGGGUUUGAAUAUGGUGACGUUGCUUGGUUCCGUGAAGGUGAAUUAAACGCCUCCUACAACUGUGUUGAUAGACACGCUCUUGUCAAUCCAAAAAAGACCGCGAUUAUAUAUGAAGCUGAUGAACCUGGAAAUUCUCGUCAUAUCACGUAUGAAGAACUUUUACGUGACGUUUGUCGUCUCGCCAUCACCUUAAAAGAAUUAGGAAUAAAGAAAGGUGACACGGUGGCCAUUUACAUGCCCAUGGUUCCGGAAGCCGUAGUUGCUUUCUUGGCAUGUGCGAGAUUAGGUGCUGUUCAUUCCGUUGUCUUCGCCGGAUUCUCGUCUGAUGCAUUGCGUGAUCGUAUUCAAGAUGCUUCAAGUAGAUUGGUUAUUACAUCUGAUGAAGGAAUGCGCGGUGGUAAAACCAUUUCCACCAAAAAAAUCGUUGAUGAUGCAGUAAAGGAUUGUCCUACAAUUGAACACGUCCUCGUAUUCCGUCGUACCGGUUCGGAUGUUCCAUUUUCCGCCCCACGAGAUUUAUGGUGGCAUGAGGAAAUUGAAAAACAUCGACCUUAUUGUCCACCUGAAAUCGUUAAUGCAGAAGAUCCUCUAUUUUUACUUUAUACCUCCGGGUCGACAGGAAAGCCUAAAGGAGUUCUUCAUACUACGGCAGGAUAUUUAUUGGGAGCGGCGAUUACCUUUAAAUAUGUGUUUGAUUAUCAUGAAAAUGAUAUUUAUGGUUGCAUGGCAGAUAUUGGUUGGAUCACAGGACACACCUAUAUCAUUUAUGGGCCACUGUUAAAUGGAGGUACAACCGUUUUAUUCGAAUCCACCCCAGUUUAUCCUACACCAAGUAGAUAUUGGGAAGUGGUUGCCAAGCAUAAAAUCACUCAAUUUUAUACCGCCCCAACUGCAAUCAGGUUAUUAAGAAGAUAUGGGAAUGAUUACGUUAAAGGUCAUGAUCUAUCAAGCCUUAGAAUUAUCGGUUCGGUAGGUGAACCAAUUAACCCUGAAGCUUGGGAAUGGUAUUAUGAGGUUGUUGGAAGGAAAGAAUGUACUGUCGUGGAUACUUAUUGGCAAACAGAGACCGGUUCUAUAAUUAUUACGCCUUUACCUGGUGCGACCGCAACGAAACCAGGUUCGGCUACUUUCCCAUUCUUUGGAAUUGACCCUGUCAUAUUGGAUCCCACAACAGGAGAAGAAAUCAAAGGAAAUAAUGCUGAAGGAGUUUUGGCGGUUAGACAGCCCUGGCCUUCAAUGGCAAGGACCGUUUAUAAAAAUCAUCAUAGGUAUUUAGAUACUUAUUUAAAACCUUUUAAAGGUUAUUAUUUCACAGGGGAUGGGGCUGGUAGAGAUAAUGAUGGUUAUUAUUGGAUCAGAGGUCGUGUAGAUGAUGUUAUAAACGUUAGUGGACAUCGAUUAUCUACCGCUGAAAUUGAAUCUGCUUUGAUCCUUCACCACGCUGUUGCGGAAGCUGCUGUGAUUGGUGUUGCUGAUGAAUUAACGGGUCAAUGCGUACACGCUUUUGCUACUCUUAAACCGAAUGAAGAAAAAACUGAUGUUAAAGAUUUAAUCUUACAAGUUAGAAAAGUUAUUGGUCCAUUUGCUGCUCCCAGGAAAAUUUAUAUUGUUAAUGAUUUACCUAAAACUCGUAGUGGUAAAAUUAUGAGACGUAUUCUUAGAAAAAUUGUUUCUGGUGAAGCUGAUCAACUAGGCGAUUUAAGCACCAUAAAUAAUCCUUCCAUUAUUCCCGUCCUAAUUGAAAAGGUUAAAAGUAGUUAA